AUGAGUGGCUCUUCCCCGAAUCCGUCAACUGUCUCCCCACUCCCAGUGUCGUCGCUGACCACCAGCAGCAUAGAGGAGCAGCACGCGGAAUCACAGCGAAAUCUCUACCAAGCCUCUGUUGCACUCGAAGCUGCAUAUGAUCGCGUUCGCCGAGUCAGGCGUAGUUUGCUGCAGCUCUCGGGUACGCUCACAGCCUCAAAUUCUCAACCUCAAUCAUCCACCUUUGACAAUCGUCAAAUUGGGCCGUCUCAUGAAGCAAUUAUUCUGACCGGCGACCCUCUUGUUAGGGAAGACGAGCAGUCCACACCGGCCAGCCCCCCAUUCUUUCCUCCUUAUCCAUCCCCAGAGCAAGAAAGACAAGCUCCUUAUCACUCGCGAAAUUCUCCGGCGGAGGGUAUGCGUAAUCUCAAUUUGAACAGCUCUGGUCCAUCAACUACCCGCCGAACCUUGCAACCCCAUCCUAGUUCAAUUUCGCAACCAUUCCGUUCGUCUGGAAGCCCUUCGCAUUCUCUCCUGCACAGAUCGUUGUCCGAUGCAUCACAAAGUCUGCAGGUCGGGAUCCAUCGCGAUGAUCCGUCCACUGCUUUGGGUAGACGAGUUGCGGCCAGAGAGGCGGCAGGCCGCUUAAAUUCCUCCGCGUCACACAGAGACAGCAAUCCAGCGGACCCGGGAACAUUACAAUAUUUUGGACAUUUUCAACGCCCGGACUUGGGAAGGUUAGAUCCUUUGAUAGAGGAUGAAAGGGACGAUAUUAUAGCUCGGACUUUAGCUUUAGAAGGUCGAAGGUCGGCUCGUCCUCACCCGGUUUCCUUGCGUUCUCAGGAAGCUCGGAGGUUGCAAGGCGUGCGUUCGGAUACACGCCAGCUUUCUCGUUCAUCCUUUUCAGAUCGCUCAGAAAGACUUUCCUUAUUGUCGAAUUUCCCGGCUCAGAACCUCACGACCCCGCUAUCAUCUAAUAUUCCUCGCCCUUUACUGUUUGAUGAACCUUCGAGGUAUGCUUCGGCUCGAGAAGAGAUAUUGGAUGAGUCACCACUCAGAAGGAACUAUGUUAUCCAUAGAAGACUUGGUCCAGACGGGGAAGAGCGAGUUCAUAACAUCAAUCUGGAAUGGAAUGAUGAUGAUCUCCCUUCUUGGUUGCUUUCCAGAGGUCGGGAUCAAGAGGAUCUCCCCGUCUUUGCUGCGGGACCCCUUCGAAUGAGCCCUAGUUCAAGUAACAACGACCAAAGUUCAUACGACAGCAGGGUCCAUAGUACGAGAACAGCCAAUACGUUGGUUUUCCCUCCCGAAGUAUUGGCUCGUCGACGAGGUUGGGCCCGACUAGAUCCCGACGGAAACGAGAUACCAUCUGACGAGGAGGAAGAGCUAGAACGCUCAAGGACGGAAUAUCGUAUACGCGCACUGUACCAAGCACGAAUGUCGGCUCAAGCUGCAAGUGGCUCGGGGACACGCUCAACUCACAGUCAGGCGUCUUAUGACGGUGUCACGGCGAGGACGUACAAUAGAAACUUUCGAGUCGCUCCCGUCAGCUAUCGCACACCUGAAUUCAGCCGUGAAGCCACACCCUUUCUUGUGGAUCCGCUUCCGAUGUCACUCUCUGAGAUGAUACCUUCAUCGAAAAGCGGCGAGACAGACGAUCACAUCAUUAUCGUCCCCAAACAUGCCAGCUUGGCCGGAAGAUAA